CCGAGACCAAGAUGGCGGGGAGACUCGCUGCCUUCUUCAAGAAUGCCUGGGCCAAGGAGCCGGUUCUGGUCGUGUCCUUCACCAUCGGGGGCCUCGCUAUAAUUCUGUCCCCCGUCAGCCCCUACACCAAGUAUGCCACCAUGAUCAACCAGGUCAAACCCUACAACUACCCAGUGCCCGUCCGAGAUGAUGGGAACAUGCCUGACAUACCCAGCCACCCCCAGGACCCCAAGGGCCGAAGCUUGGAGUGGCUGAAGAAACUGUGAGCAGCUCCACUGACAGGGAGGAGGAUCCCCACCGUGGCCCUCAAUAAAAAU